CCCGGAUCCAACAUCCCGCGACUCACCCACAUAUAUAAUACCCCGCUUUGCGCUCACGAAAGAGCUUCCCAUCCAUUUCCCCCCAUCCCCCAAUAAGUCCGAAAUUGCAUGCUUCGUGCUCUACCGAAAAUGGCUUCACCAGCAAAACGUCUUAAAGCUACCCCACUGCGCAUCGGAACUCACAAUGGCCACUUCCACGUAUGUUUGAUCCUCGGGAGGCAAACAGAUAGCGGGGCCGAUGAGGCACUCGCAGUCUACAUGCUGCGUCUCUUACCGGAGUACCAGGGCUCGACUCUGAUCCGUUCCCGUGAUCCUGCGGUCCUCGAAGAGUGCGACAUUAUUGUGGAUGUCCAUGCUCAGUACGAUGGUAUCAAACAUUUCGAUCAUCACCAGCGCACAUUCUCGGAAACUUUUUCUCCGGAUUUCCAGACUAAGCUUUCCUCGGCCGGACUGAUCUACAAACACUUUGCGCCCCAGAUUAUUUCUCACCGUCUUUCCAUUCCCAUAGAUGACCCGUCCGUGACGCUCCUCUACAAUAAGGUCUAUAAAGACUUCAUCGAGGCGAUCGACGCGAACGAUAAUGGGAUCUCUGCAUAUCCAUCGGAUGUCAAGCCAGCCUUCAACGACAAGUCCAUAAGUCUACCGUCCUUAGUGGGCCUGCUGAAUCCUGAGUGGAAUAGUACAGUCAAGACACAAGAGCUCGAGGAUGAGAAGUUUCUGGAAGCAUCGAAAUUAAUGGGCACUGUCUUUGAUCAGAAGUUGGAUUACUACGGCAAGUCGUGGCUUCCGGCAAGAGAUCAUGUGGUGGAGGCAAUGAAGGGCCGGUUUGAGUUUGAUGAAAAAGGAAGAAUAUUGGUCUUUUCACAAUCCGUUCCGUGGAAAGACCAUUUGUUUACUCUUGAAGCGGAGGUUGGGGUAGAAGGGGAAGACAAAAGGCCUCUAUACGUGCUGUACGGCGAGGGAGCUGAAAAGUCAUCUUGGAGGAUUCAGUGUGUGCCCGUUAGUAAGGAUAGCUUUGAGAGUAGGAAGCCAUUGCCUGAGGCCUGGAGGGGCACGAGAGACGAUGCUCUCAGCGAGGUUUCUGGAAUCCCGGGAGGUGUGUUUGUGCACGCUAGCGGGUUCAUUGGAGGAAACAAGACCUUCGAGGGUGCCUUGGAGAUGGCAAAAACAUCACUCGAGCUGUAG